AAUUAUUGCUUUUACAUCCUAUAUGGGUGUAAAAGCAAUUAGUAUGUCACUUGCUGACAUCAUUGCUUACUACUAGUGAAAUCUGUGAAUGAUCACAGAGGUCACAUGGUACAAGGCUAUUCACAACAGCCUUGUACCAUGUGACAAGCUAUGACCAAUCACAGCUCUCGCAGUGUUUCUCAAUGGCUGCAAGAAUUCAGAGAAAUGAUUGCUUUUUCAGCCUUUGUGGGUGUAAAAGCAAUCAAUGAAAAAAAA